AUGGACAAAAGAGGAUUGACUAAAGGGUAUUUUGGUGAAUUUUUUUAUCUUAAUUUCGAAGAUAAUCCUAAUACACCAUUAUGGGUGAAUUUAACAAGUCAAGUGAUGUUACCGCUUACGGUGAUGCAUACAAGUAGUUUAGGCGGCGUUAAUCAAGAUUCAAUAUUUAUUAUAGGAGGUUUACCAGGUUUAGCAAAAACGAAUUUGGUUUAUCAGUAUGAUACGGUAUCAAAUGUAUUGAGUUUACCAGUUAUAGAAGGGAUUGACCCUAUAAAACGAGCUUUAACUAACUCGGUUAGUUAUGAAGGAAAGAUUUACAUUUUGGGAGGUCUUUAUUUUGAUGCCAAUGAUAAGAUAAAGUCUGCUAAUUCUUUGGAUAUUUUGGAUACCAUUAAUCUAAGUUGGGAUGUGGGUAGCGUAAUUGAUGCUCCGAUUGGUAGAUAUUCAUACACCGCAACCUUAGUGAAUGGUGUUAUUUUUUACAUCGCUGGUUUGAAUGCGCAAGGUCUUUUUGUCCCGUUGACACAGAUUCAUCAAUAUGACAUUCUUUCAAAUACGUGGUCUUUAAAGCCUGCAGCAGGACCCAUAAUACCAGGUCCCAGACUUGGUCAUUCCGCCGUCUUAUAUGAUGGAAAUAUUGUUAUUUAUGGAGGAGAAGAAGUAGACGAUCCGGCCAAAGAAACAAUUGCUAUGUUGGAUACCGUUACAUUAGGGUGGACGAUACCUAAAGUUAACGAUCCAAAUCUACCAACGCUUACCUAUCAUUCGGCCGGAUCCCCAACUUCUGGAACAGUAACUCCUACUCAUACAGAUAAAAUUCCAUUUCCCUCAUCAUUAACCUCUACACCAAGAAAAACUUUAAUAGUUGGUAUAUCGAUUGGUUUGGUAGCGGCAUUUUUAAUAAUGGUCGUUAUAUCUGCAUUCAUUUAUAGGCGUACAAAGAACAAACAAAAUGAUCGAAAUAAUCCCAAUAUUCCGAAUAAUCCAAAUAAUCAAUUUCAAAAUCAAACUUUUUAUCAGAACAAUCUCAACAAUCAUCCCCCUUCAAUGUAUAGUAAUUUACCUCCACAACAACAAUUUGUACAAUCUCAUCAAGACCUUCAUCAGUUUAAUCCACCUAAUCAACGUCAAUUAAAUCAGAAUGAUAAUUAUUCUCCUACUCAACAAAAUUAUCCUCCCAAUCAACAACAUGAUGUUUCGAGUGUGAUUCCACUUUCAUUUCAACCACAACAACAAAAUCAGAAUAAUUAUUAUCCUAAUCCACCUCAAACUUAUGCUUCCGGUCAAGAUUAUCCUAAUCUAUUACCUCAACAAGGUGGUUUCUCUCAACAUCCUCCUACUCCUGGUCAAGAACAUUCUAAUUUUUCAACACCUCAACCACCACCACAAGAUUAUUCUCAACAUUCUUCUCCUGGUCAAGAAUUUUCUACUUUGCCAAUGUCAGAACAACAAAGAUUUUCUCAAAUUCCCUCCCCGGGAAAUGAUGAUUCAUUUGCCUCCAAUUAUAAAGUUCAUGAACAACAACAACCUUAUUAUUAG